CCCAAAUCUCUCCUUGAUAGGUUGAACUAGGUUGAACUCGAGGGCUUGUCAGAGAAAACCCACUCCCACGGCCUAGCCCACGCCCUCUAGGUUGAACCACUGGUUGAACCUAGGGACGCUAGGGACCCUGGAUGCAUGCACCCACUGAGAUUGGACAAUUGGUGUGCGAUACACGCCUGACGCUCGCGGUUCGUUCAUUGCCGUGCAUUCUUCGCCUGGGACUUGGGUCCGGAUUCGGGCCAGCCCCACCCAUCACUGCCCCAUCAUGGAUACGCCCACGCUCGAGUACCUGCUCAACCCGGACAUUUUAACGUCCAAACUAGCCCACAUGAGCGAGGACGAGGCCCUCCAAACCCUCAAGACUUUGCUCACCGUCCUCCAGAUGGAGAAGGCCAAGAUGCCCCAUCCCAGCAGUGCCACCAUACCGCCCACGCCCCAUGCCAGCCCCCACGCUUCGCCCCACCCGCACCUGGACUCGCCAGUGGGCAGUCCUUUGCCGGCCGACAGCUCGGAGGGUGGGGCCGGGAUAUUACCGCCGUCGCCGGGCGUGUCGGAAUCGCUGGCUCUGUCUACCCGCAAACAGUUGCUCCUCCAACGGAUGGUGCUGCAAAUCACGGCCCAAUUGGAUUGGCGCCUGGGCCUGCUGGACCGUGAGCUGCCCUUGGCCUUGCAGCAGCAGCUCAUGGACACGUUGGUCACGGCCGCCUCCGUCCAAUCCAUCAUCGCCCAACUCCGCUUGGAGAACGUCGAGAGCUCGCUCUCCGGAUUGAACACGCGCUCGGGCCUAUUCGCCCUGACCUUCUUCUUCCGCUGGACCAUCCGUAGUUUGGCCGUGCUGCGGCUACCCUCGCCCACCGGGGCCAAGGCGCUGAUCUACGCCUCGCCAUUCCGUCAUCUCAAAUUGCCCAACAUGUCCACCGUGGUUGGGGCCGAUCCCAACAUCAACGAUAUCCUGUUCAAUAUCGCCAAAGUGGCCCUCCGGUCCCUGCAAUACUUACUGGGCGUGACACCGGCCUUUGACUCGAUCCCCUCGCCCAGUUCGUUCUGGUUGGAAAAAGGCGGACUCACUUGCACCGACGCUGAUUGGUCGCCCCGCCCCAAUGUCAACUGGACUUCGGCCAUUCUCUACGACUUGGCCUUGCACUACGUCAAUAACGAGGAAUAUACUCAGAGUCACCACAAACUCCAGCUGCUCAUGAAGAUCCCGGACCACCAGCUAUCGCCCGACGUGGACCUGAACAUUUAUCAAGGUCUCAAAUUAGCUGUAGGUCAACGCGAGUUCGAGCCUCCACCCUUCGAUGCCGACAAUCAUGAGGCCAUGACUACCAUGAUGCGGGCUGUUCGCCAGCAAAAACGCCCCUUCUUCUGGCACUCGCACAUCGAACGCGCCGCUUCCUACUACCAACACGGGCAAGCCCGGGACAUGAUUCAAUACAACGCCCACAUCCGCAUUCGCGACUCUUGUCCACCCAACUACGACACGCUCGCCAUUUCGAAUGAGGACUAUGAAGCGUCCCACCCCGAGAAGGCCACCGCCGACUCGCGGAAAGACGAGAUCUUCGCCACUUUCAAUGAUCUCGAUUCGUGUCACAGCCUGUUGUUCUCGUCGGAGAAGCCAAACUUCUCCUCGUCCCACGUCUACGAGCCUCGUUCCAAACGUGCCAAACUCAAGAAACGCGUGCUCUUGGCCAAUUUGUUCCGUGCCACGAAGCCGGAGAAACUGAGUAAGCUCGUGAACGAUACGAACAAGGUGCAGCCGGUGCUUAGAGCCACGACACGGUGGUCCGUGGACUCGGUGAAUCCUCAGGAGAUUUUGGCUACUCUGAAUCGAGGCGGAAAAGACACCAAUGUGGACUUUGUGUUGCUGUCCAAGGUCAAUCAAUUGCUCAACAUCAACCAGACAGUGGAGGCUCGAGCCUUGCUCAAACUCGUGGAAGACAAGAACUCGAAGGGACUGGCCGGAGCAUUGCGGAACAUUCAGUUUCAGGUUCUCUCGGCCGAGUUGUGUCACUUCUUCGUCGAGAAGAAACUCGCCCCCAAUGAUCUCGUGUCGAAAUGCCGAGAAACCCUCACCAAUCUGAGGCUGCUCUUCACCGAUAUUCAGACGCAUCACUUGGACAAUUGUCUCGUAACUCUGAUCAACCGCGAAGAUUGGGAGUUCAUCAUGACCUUGGAAGAGCCCCGUUGGCUGAUGCUUCAGAUCACCCAGCUCCUCAUCACCAUCACCAACAUGGCUCGAAAUGGCACCACCAACUUGAGCCUUCAGCGUCAAAGUGAUUUGAAGCGAAGCUGUCAAACCCUCGCCGAGCUCAUUUGCCCGCUUCUUCAAUCAUCGGGAAAGCGAGGCCGAGGCGCCGAAAUUGUGGUGGGCAAGCAAUCUGAGAAGCAAAUCCUCGUCAACUAUCUGGUCAAGAUUCACCACCCUGAGAUCCUGAACAUCGUAGCCUCGAUUCUAAUCACGUUGUACAAGUACUCCAAUGACGACACCACUCUGAAGGUGGCCCAUGGAUUCCCCACCCUUCCAUUGUCGGCUGUGGGCAUUCAGACCAUCGGUUUAAGUCCCGACCAAUUCGUGAACCUAGUACAACAAUUGGCUGAGCGAGCCCAUCCUCACGACCUGAUCCAAUGGACACGCCUCCAAGGUGAAUUGCAGUUCUCAGUGGGUAGUUAUGCCUCGGCCUUGCCCUAUUACUUGGAGUCACUCAUCGUUCAAACGCACUUUUGUCAAAAGGCGCCACCUUCACUCUCUAUGGAUCAUGAUGACCAGACGUUGCCGCACAUGGUCAAGUGUCUGCGGGAAUUAGGCUGCCAUUCCUUUGCCGUGGCUCUCUGUCAGUGUAUGCAUGACGUCGACUAUUGUCUGGCUUUCAAAAGCUUGGAAGAGAGGCAGAGUAAUGAUGCCAUGGACGGUUUGUAUUCCAAGAUGUGGGACACCACCAUUCUGGAAUACGCCGUGUCAAUGCACACGAAACGGGGAGAACAAUCGCGCAAGAAGAGCGCCUUGGAGAAGAUCGCUUCCUUGGAAGUAAACACAAACAAUAACAUGGAGAUCUUACGAGAAGUGGCUUUGAACCGACGAUCCCAACUCGUGCGGUGUCUUUGCUUAAAGUUUCUAUGAUACAAGUCAGCUCCCAUCAUGCUGGAGAGGUGAAUGAAUGAACGAACGAAC